AUGCCUGAGCCCAUCUGGAUCUGCGGCAGCGCUGUGGGGGGCCGGAGACUGAACCCAGCCCGGGGAAGCACCUCAGCGUGGCGUGCCAUCAGCGGGAGGCGCAGGGGGACCCACCGCGUGUGUGCCCCUAUCCCUCGCACUGGCUCCUGUCGCGGAGAGAGGCACCGGCUGCAGCUGCUGUGUGCACGGGGCGACCGUUCUCGCUCCGACCUGCGCCUCUACCGCAGAGCCGCGCUCAGCAUGAUGCCCGGGGCGCGCCUCCUGAGGCUGCUGACCACGGUCUCUGCGGCAGCGGUGGUGGCAGGAGCGCCUGGGACGGCGAUGCUCCCCACCGCGGGGGACGCCACCCUGGCCUUCGUCUUCGACGUCACUGGCUCCAUGUGGGACGACCUGAUGCAGGUGAUCGACGGCGCCUCGCGCAUUCUCGAACGCAGCCUGAGCCGCCGCAGCCAGGCCAUCGUCAACUACGCGCUGGUGCCCUUCCACGACCCAGAUAUUGGCCCAGUGACCCUCACGGCAGACCCCACGGUGUUUCAGAGGGAGCUGAGAGAACUCUUUGUGCAGGGAGGUGGUGACUGCCCCGAGAUGAGUGUGGGGGCCAUUAAGGCUGCUGUGGAGGUCGCCAACCCCGGCUCCUUCAUCUACGUCUUCUCGGACGCCCGCGCCAAAGACUAUCACAAGAAGGAAGAGCUGCUGCGGCUCCUGCAGCUCAAACAAUCGCAGGUGGUCUUUGUGCUGACCGGGGACUGUGGCGACCGCACCCAUCCUGGCUACCUGGCCUACGAGGAGAUCGCUGCCACCAGCUCUGGGCAGGUGUUCCACCUGGACAAGCAGCAAGUAACAGAGGUACUGAAGUGGGUGGAGUCAGCCAUCCAGGCCUCCAAGGUACACCUGCUGUCCACGGACCACGAGGAGGAGGGGGAUCACACAUGGAGACUCCCCUUUGACCCCAGCCUGAAGGAAGUCACCAUCUCGUUGAGCGGGCCGGGGCCUGAGAUUGAAGUCCAGGAUCCACUGGGGAGGAUCCUGAAGGAGGACGAGGGCCUCAACGUGCUUCUCAACAUCCCUGACUCAGCCAAGGUCGUAGCCUUUAAGCCUGAGCAUCCUGGGCUGUGGUCCAUCAAGGUCUAUAGCAGUGGCCGCCAUUCGGUGAGGAUCACAGGUGUCAGCAACAUUGACUUCCGAGCCGGCUUCUCCACUCAGCCCUCCCUGGACCUCAACCACACCCUCGAGUGGCCCUUGCAAGGGGUCCCCAUCUCCCUGGUGAUCAAUUCCACGGGCCUGCAGGCACCUGGCCGCUUAGACUCAGUGGAGCUGGCACACAGCUCAGGGAAGUCCCUCCUGACACUGCCUACGAAGCCCCUCUCCAAUGGCUCCACCUACGAGCUGUGGGGUGGGCCGCCCUUCCACACCCCCAAGGAGCGGUUCUACCUCAAGGUGAAGGGCAAGGACCAUGAGGGAAACCCCGUCCUUCGUGUCUCUGGAGUGUCCUACAGUGGGGUGGCCCCAGGUGCUCCCCUGGUCAGCAUGGCGCCCAGGAUCCAUGGCUACCUGCAGCAGCCGCUGCUCGUCUCCUGUUCCGUGUACAGCACCCUUCCCUUCCGGCUGCAGCUGCGGCGAGGUGAAGCCAGGCUGGGCGAAGAGAGGCACUUGCAGGAGUCAGGAAACAGCAGCUGGGAGAUCCCGAGGGCCUCCAAGGCUGAGGAGGGGACCUAUGAGUGCACAGCCGUCAGCAGGGCUGGGACCGGGCGAGCAAAGGCCCAGAUUGUCAUCACAGACCCCCCACCGCAGCUGGUCCCUGCUUCCAAUGUGACCGUGUCCCCGGGGGAGACUGCCAUCCUAUCCUGCCGGGUCCUUGGCGAGGCCCCCUACAACCUGACGUGGGUCCGGGACUGGCGAGUCCUCCCAGCCUCCACAGGCCGAGUCACCCAGCUGGCUGACCUGUCCCUGGAGGUCAGCAGCGUCAUCCCCACAGACGGUGGGAGGUACCAGUGUGUGGCCAGUAAUGCCAACGGGGUCACAAGGGCAUCUGUCUGGCUCCUGGUGCGAGAGGCCCCGCAGGUCAGCAUCCGCACCAGCUCCCAGCACUUCUCCCAAGGUGUGGAGGUGAAGAUCAGCUGCUCAGCCUCUGGGUACCCCAUACCCCACAUCUCCUGGAGCCGUGAGGGCCAAGCCCUACAAGAGGACAGCAGAAUCCAUGUGGACGCACAGGGAACCCUGAUUAUUCAGGGGGUAGCCGCAGAGGAUGCUGGGAAUUACAGCUGCCAGGCCACUAAUGAGGUUGGCACGGACCAGGAGACGGUCACCCUCUACCACACAGACCCACCGUCAGUCUCUGCUGUACACGCCGUGGUGCUGGCUGCUGCUGGGGAGGAGGCUGUGCUGGUGUGUGAGGCAUCCGGGGUUCCCCCACCCCGAGUCAUCUGGUAUCGAGGGGGUCUUGAAAUGAUCCUGGCCCCUGAGGGCUCCAGCUCUGGGAAGCUGCGGAUCCCGGCGGCUCAGGAGAGGGAUGCUGGCGUCUACACCUGCCGGGCUGUCAAUGAGUUGGGUGACGCCUCUGCCGAAAUCCAGCUGGUGGUUGGACAUGCGCCCCGGCUGACGGAGCUGCCCCGGAACGUCACUGUGGAGCUGGGGAGUAGUGCCCUCCUGGCAUGCCGGGCCACAGGCCGCCCGCCCCCGACGGUCACCUGGCAUCGUGGAGAUGGCCAGUCCCUGGGGUCCAGGCUGGGGCCCAGGCAGGGCAGCAGAACUCGGCAGCUGGACUCGGGAAUGCUGUUCUUUGAAAGUGUGGCCCCAGAAGACCAGGCCCUGUAUGUCUGUGAAGCUCGAAAUGUCUUUGGGAAGGUCCAGGCGGAGGCCCGGCUCUUCGUCACUGGUCACGGUUCGCUGGUGGAUCUGAGAGCCGUGGGAGUCCCCCCACAGAUCGCUGGCAGCGCCCCCACCGUCCGUGUCCUGGAGGGGCAGCCGGUGUCCCUGCCCUGCAUCAUCCUGGCUGGGCGGCCCCUCCCAGAAAGGCAUUGGCUCAAGGCCGGCCAGCCUCUCCCAGCUGGCAGCCGGCAUUCUGUCCGAGCAGAUGGCAGCCUGCACCUUGGUCGGGCAUUGCAGGAGCACGCGGGGAGGUACAGCUGUGUGGCCACCAACACCGCUGGCUCUCAGCGUCGGGACAUCGAGCUGGUGGUCCAGGUGCCACCUAGAAUCCAUCCCACUGCCACCCACCACAUCACCAAUGAAGGGGUUCCUGCCUCUCUCCCCUGCGUUGCUUCAGGAGUUCCUGCCCCCACCAUCACCUGGACCAAGGAAACCAAUGCCCUGACCUCAGGAGGUCCCCUCUACAAUGUGAGUAAGGAGGGCACCCUGCUCAUUGCCCAGCCGUCCGCCCAGGAUGCAGGGGCCUACGUCUGCACGGCCACCAACACCGUGGGCUUCUCCAGUCAGGAGAUGCGGCUUUCUGUCAACACCAAGCCCAGGCUUCGUAUGAAUGGGUCACAUGAUGCAGAUGUGCCUCUGAGAGUCAUGGCGAAAGCUGGCGAAGAGGUGACCCUGGACUGCGAGGCCCAGGGCUCCCCACCCGCCCUGGUCACCUGGAUGAAGGACUCCCACCCUCUGCCACCCACCACCAACAGGUAACCCCAGGCCAUGGCCUCAAGUCAGGAAGGGACAGAGCUUAGGGCUGGAGGGAAACCUGCCUCAAGGUGACCAGUGACCCGGCAGGGGUCUUGGACCCUGCAGACUCUCCCAUAGGAUGCUCCUGGGCUUCCGCACACGGGGCUGCUAUCCAUGGGCCCCCAGAAGCCUGGAAGGGGCCUCUAGAGGGAGCCUGGAAGCCCAGGGUGAGACUUCCUGUCUGAAAUCAUGCCCACCGGACACCUUGUGCGCCAGCCGCUGGGCGUUGCCUGCGGGAUCCCGUUUAAUCUGCACGGCCACCCUUGAUAUCUGAUAGGACACUGACGCUCAGCCAGGGACUGAGCUGCUCGCCAUCACCCGGCUAGGCAAGAGCAAAACCAGGGCUGGGACCACAUCCCCGCCAUGACACACUCCACCCCCAGGCCUGCUCUGCAGGACCAGGUGUCUGGCGGCUGAGCUGUCUGACUCAGCUGCUCCUGGUCCGAUCCUGGGAGUGGGUGGACAGGGAGGAGGCUGGCUUGGGUGUCCAUCAAAGCUACGCUGUACCCCCCAGGAGGGGAUGCGGGGGAUGCUAGGGCCCUUGCCCCUGGCUGGGGGGUUCUGUGGCUCAGGCCGGUGACAUCAGCCCUGGCAGGGUCUUUGAGAUGUUCCAGAACCAGAAGGUCUCAGAGCAGCCUGCUCUGUAACGCAUCCCCCCAAUCCACAUGUCAGUGUCUCUCAGAACAUGUGUGGUGAGUCCUGCCAAUCCUUGCAGUGGGGCACCCCUGAAGGUGGCGGGGUCCCAGGGAGCCGGCCCUAGGCAGCAUCUCCAGGGCCCCCCAUGCCCUUUUGGCAUCACUGCAGCUCUAUGUUGUGGGGUAGGGGUGUGGUGGGGGCUUCGGGAGCCCGCAGCUCCCCCAGAAAGCCUGGUCCUCGCUCCUUGGCUGGGUGGUGGCCCUCGGCCGGAGGAUGCAUGUUGAUUUAUGGCUUGUUACUGAAACGGAACCGCAUUCUCAUUUGUUCACCCCUCCUCGCUGUGGUGCGUUAAUGGGUCAGCCGGGAGCUGUAAAUUUGCGAAAGCCGCUUUUGCAAUCCCAGGGUGUUGUGUGUUCCCUCUCCCUUGCCCUCUUCACUUCGUGCUGGCUGACACUGUUUUCUCCCCAAAUUUGGGAAAUUUGGGAGUUUAUCUAAAAGAGGAGGAAAAUAUGCUGGGGGCGGGGUGGGGUUAAGUACUCAGGCCCUGGAGCUCCCCAGAGCCAGUGCUGAUGAUCUUUUUAAUUUUAUUUCAUUUUUUUUAUAAAGAC